UAACACACGUCACUUCCGGGCCGCCCAAAAUGGAGGGCGCGCUGAACGAGAGAGAUCCCUUCCUGCGGCUCCGGCGCCACUUGCGGCAGGAGGCGGAGUCGGGCGCGCUGCUGCAGCCCCCUCAGGACGGCGGCGGCGCGGCCGAAGAAUCUACAACACUAGAGAAAAAAGAGAAGCCUCUUCCCAGACUUAACAUUCACUCUGCAUUCUGGAUUUUAGCGUCCAUUGCUGUGACUUACUAUUUUGAAUUUUUUAAAACUGUUAAAGAGACCAUUCAGGCAGAUAGUUGGUCAUUUGUCAUUGGUAGCUGUUUGUUGGUUGCAAGUUUAUCUCUUGCUUUUUACUGCAUAUUAUAUCUUGAAUGGUACUGUGGAAUUGAAGACUAUGAUGCCAAAUAUCCAGUAUUGAUACCUGUCACAACUGCAACUUUUAUUGCAGCAGCAAUUUGUUUCAACGUUGCAUUAUGGCCUGUUUGGUCGUUUCUCACCCCUGUGUUGCUGUUCACUCAAUUUAUGGGAGUUGUGAUGCUUAUAUCACUCCUGGGUUAAUUCCCUUAAGGUGUCAAGAAGUCUGCCUCUGCAAGGAAGUAACUAACUUGGUUCAACUUUAACUGCUGUAGGUUCUUUGUGGACUUUGACUUGCAACAUUCUAUUUCAAACUUCAUUAAGAUUCUAUUCUCCAUUUGCAAAAUGUGAAUCUAUUCAAAAAAUUCAUGCCUGAUCCAUCCAUGCCUAGCUCUCUUGCAACUGGAUAUUGCAGGGGGAACUGAUAUACAGGUAGUGGUGCAUUCUUACUAAUUGGAUGAUUUGGUAAUAUUUGUUACUUUAAUUUUAAAUAUUGUACUUAACUCAGUUGUAAAAGUAAUAUUGUGAUGAAUGGCAAUUCGGAACCCUUUUAAACAUUUAAAUGUAAGGAGGCGAGUUUGGUUGAACUUCAGUAUUGUUUCUCUUCCUGUAAUAUCUGCUAAACUAUUGACAUGUGGAAUCUGAUAAACCAUUGAUUCUGAAUUAGUAAUAUAAACAUAAUAUUCCAUAUGUUAAAAUGCAUUAAAAGAAAGGUUCUAAACUGUUACCUAAUAAUUUACUGGGCCUACUUUAAUUUCUGAUGAAAUUGUGAGCUAUAGCUGAGGAGCUUUCUGGAUCUGAGAGGAGCCUCCAGAGUAGCUUGAAGUUUGAUGUGCUGAUAACUGGAAUAAAUUGGCUCAAAAGAGUAAAUGUCACCAGAAAAUCAUGCUGUGCUCUUGUAAUUCUUCAUGACCAAAUAUAGUGACUCCAUGACCAGUUUCUGUCAGCACUGUGACAAAAGCAAGCUGCAGCAGAAAGUUUAGUUUAAAAAUUGAUAUGCAUUCAUAUUUCUCCAAUAAAAGCUUAGCAUACUGCUUCUUGGAAAAACCUCUUUAUUUAAAAAAAACAUAUGCAACUUAUUGUGGGAUCUUUGUUUUUUGGAUAUAAGUAAUGGAAAACUAUAUUGUACUCUCAUAUUAAAUAUUACCAGUUAGUUCAUUUCAUGUAUGGAAAUGAAAGCUGCUUGUUGCUGUGCCCACCCCUCUUCCCUGCGCCCCACCCCCGGCUUUUUUUUUGCUCUUAAUAGAGAGGGAAAUUUUGGUAUUUUCUAAUGGAAAAAGUGCACAGUGUUUAGUCAUCAGGCUGUCUUGGGUAAGGAGCUCUGGGCCAGAUCCAAAACCAAGAGACUUAAGUGCCUUGAACAGGACUUGGGCAUCUAAAGUCUGCCUCACUCCAAAAGUAAAGGGGAUGGGAGGGAGGAGGGGUAGCCUGCUCUAGCAGCUGCCAAACCUUGAAAUAACCUGCAAUUCAGUAGAUACCUCUCUGCUCAAUCUGAAAACUCCCUAGACACACAUGGCUUUGCUUCUGCAUAUGCCGCAUGUCCAGAAUGGUAUACAAUAUAGUGGUUAGAAUAUGGUUCUGGGAAGUGGCAGGUAUGGAUAUAAAUUCCCUCAAGUUAGAGGGAAUUUAACUGACAUAAUCUGCUUACUAGAUGAGCGCUCUACUAUAGUGUUGUAUACAAGGUGUUCACAAUUGUUUAAAAAGUGAGCAACAGCUGCAAAACAGCUUUAUUCUACCUUUCAUAAUACAUAGUAUAAGGAGCUUUAGCACCAGUCUCUGUGAUUGGGAUUCCGCCCUGCACUGGGCACCAAAAACUAAAUUUUUGCAGUUGCUGGUAAGUCUUUUUUGGCCUCCUAAUCUAAAAUACCACCCAAACUAGUCACUUUAAAACUCUGUCAACAAGUGUAAAAAGAGUCUCAAUAGAGGAUGCUGAAUCAGUUUAUCAGGAUGCAUAAACAUAACUCAAUUUAUGAAGUAGUUAUUAGUGGUAGAUCCACAAUACAUGUCAUGCUUGGCAAAUAUCUAAAUGGAUGAAAAUCAUAUGCACGCAAAAGUGAUAUGCAUGCAACAUAAGGGAAACAGACUGUAUAGAUAAAUAUGCAUUAAGCUAGUAAAGUAAGUUGACAGCUUGAGUAACAUUUAAUUUUACUUCUCAGAUUCAAGUAAAAUGUUUAUUGUUCUCACAAAAUCUUACAAGGGAGAAUUUCCCCAGCCAUACAUUGUUUCACUUUCUUUUAACAGCUACCACAAUAUCAUGUUCAUAUCUGUGUAAAUUCAAAGUAAAUGUUGUUUAUCCUGAUAUUUCAAAUGUAUUAUUGUUCAGGGAUAAUAAUUCUUGCCAUUGUACACAUUAAUCAGAUAAAUGUUUACGUUACUUUAAAUUGUUUUCAGUUUUUUUCCUGAGUUAGCAUUACUGUUUGGUACCUGCUUAAUUUUCCAAAGGUUUUUUGACUGAAUAUUUUUAAUAAAGUUUCUUUAUAUACAGAAA